CUUGUCCUGCCUUCAGAGGCUUUGGAGAACAACUUGACUCCCUCUUCUUUGGGGCAGCCCCUGAGAUAUUGGAGCACUGCUGUCAUGUCACCUCUCGUCCUUCUCUUCAUUAGACAUGAGAUAUGGGCACCUUUAGAAGUUUCCCAGAGUGGCCCUGGAGUUGAAGAAGAAUCUGCCUUGACUUUUGGGGCUCGGAGAUCUGGAGAAGCUGCUAUUCUUGCACAUAAGCGGUAGGAGGGAGUGAAAGCUUGUUGAAGAGGCUUGCUCAAACUGGUCGCCUGCUCCGUCAAGAGGCUUAGCUGGGAAAAGCUAUCAGCAUUAAAAUACAGCCCCGGCUGCUGCUUCUUUCUUCCUCUCUGUCUCUCUCUCUCUCUGCAACAGCCUCAACCUCUCACAGCACCAAGUGGACAAGAAGAAGAAAGUGGCCACAACUCCAGAGCAGAGAGAAAGCCGAACACCGCUGCUGGGCAACAGACAAACCGCUGAGAUGUCAAACCACGAUUAAAGUGGGCUCCUGAAGAAGACUUUUGUCUCUCUGUGCUGAGAGCUCCUUUGGCAUCUUCCCAAUCUGACUCCAACAGGGUAACAGCAAAGAGUUUGACAUUAAAACCUUCCUGUAACUGGAUUCCCUUGGAUCUUAUUUUUUUAUUGUUAUAUAUAUAUAUAUAUAUAUAUAUAUUUAAAGGCAACGGUAUCGACAGCUGCUUUUUAAAAUCCAUUUCUUUCCCACUCAGGGAGGAAAAGCUUGGGCGGUGUGUCCGUUGUGUGUGUGGUUUUAUUUUCUUUUUCCUGGCCCCCAUCUCCAUUCUGCUGCUGCUUUUGGAAGAUUUGCCUCCUGAUGUUUCUAACGGAGCUGGGGAUUGUCUGCCCGAGGGGCAGACCUGAAGCCCGAGACUUAUGGGACGUCAAGAAAGAGCUCGGGAUCCCUUCUGGAUUGGGACUUGAAGGAAGGAUGGGGGCGCUGAGGAAAUCUGUGCAGUGAAAGAGACUUUGCUUGGAUCUACCUGCCUGUUUACACGUAAAGCUGGGGAUCUCCUUCCGUUUCUCUGGCAGCAAAGCGAGGCCCCGAAAGACAUCCAGAGUUACAACAGGCUAACUCAGGGAUGAGUACAGGCAGACUCAACCCUUACAGCAUUGUGUCUUCUGAGGAAGACGGCUUGAUCUUGACCACCAUGCCCGGAGUGAAUGGCUUUGGCAACGGUAAGAUCCACACUCAGAAGAAAUGCCGGAAUAGAUUUGUGAAGAAGAACGGCCAAUGUAAUGUCGAAUUCACCCACAUGGAUGAUAAACCUCAGAGAUACAUCGCCGACAUGUUCACCACCUGCGUGGACAUCCGUUGGAGAUACAUGUUGCUGCUCUUCUCCCUUGCUUUCCUGGUGUCCUGGUUAUUGUUUGGCCUCAUCUUUUGGCUGAUUGCCCUGAUCCACGGGGACAUUGAGAAGCCCACUAAGGAUGAAACCUUUACCCCUUGUCUCCUGCAGGUGAACGGCUUUGUGGCUGCAUUCCUCUUCUCCAUUGAGACUCAGACGACCAUCGGUUAUGGCUUCCGUUGUGUGACCGAGGAGUGUCCCCUGGCCGUCUUCAUGGUGGUCCUUCAGUCUAUUGUAGGGUGCAUCAUUGACUCCUUCAUGAUUGGGGCCAUCAUGGCCAAAAUGGCCAGGCCAAAGAAGAGAGCUGAAACGUUACUCUUCAGCCACCAUGCCGUGGUGGCCAUGAGGGACGGCAAGCUUUGCUUGAUGUGGAGAGUGGGCAACCUUCGCAAAAGUCACAUUGUUGAGGCUCACGUCCGAGCCCAGCUCCUGAAAUCCAGGAUCACCGAGGAGGGGGAAUACAUCCCCCUUGACCAGAUUGACAUAGAUGUUGGGUUUGACAAAGGCUUGGACCGUAUUUUUCUGGUCUCCCCCUUGACGAUCCUUCACGAGAUCAACGAGGAGAGCCCCCUCUUUGGGAUCAGUCGGCAAGAAAUGGAGAUGGAUGAUUUUGAGAUUGUGGUGAUCCUGGAAGGCAUGGUGGAGGCCACGGCAAUGACCACCCAAGCUCGGAGUUCGUACCUGUCCAGUGAGAUCCUCUGGGGCCACCGUUUUGAACCCGUCCUCUUUGAGGAGAAAAACCAAUACAAAGUGGACUAUUCACACUUCCACAAGACUUAUGAGGUCCCGUCGACUCCCUGUUGCAGUGCCAAGGAUUUGGUGGAGAACAAAUUCCUGCUUCCCAGCACCAAUUCCUUCUGUUACGAGAACGAGCUUGCCCUUAUGAGCCGUGAUGAGGAGGAGGAGGAGGAGGAGGAGGAAGAGGAGGAAGUAGAGGAGGAAGAUGAAGACUGCAGAGGUUUGGACAAUCCGUGCUCAGUUGACCAGCCUGAAUUUGAUAGGCUGCCAACUUCUGUAGGAUCUCUUGAUCAAAGGUCCUAUCGGAGAGAAUCAGAAAUAUGACUCCGGGGGGGGGGCUGCCUAAGUGUUUGCAGAGUUUCUUUGAUCUCUCCUUUCUCCUUCUUACCAAACUUCUCCCCCCAAAAAAAGUAUGCAGAACAAUGCAAGUGCCAUAGGGAUGCCUGGGAAUUAGUGUGGUUUGUCGGAUGUUGCGUUUUGUGGUCUUUUAAGAAAAUAAUUACGUGCAAUAAUCACUGAACGGCACCAGGUUUCAGAAAGUGGUAGCUCUCCUAGGUCAGAACGUUCUGCAGAGCAGCUCCCAAAGGGUGGCACCGUGGGUUUGGCAGCAAGAACAGAAACACACACAGACCCACUUUUCUGAGUUUUAUGCUUUGUGCAGGAAUGACAAGGCAUGCUGAAAAGGCGUAUAAGGAGUCUCUCCUUCCCUUAGUGAAAAAUUAGUUUUUUCUUUUUCAAGACUACUAUUAUCUCAGAGUGAUUCAGAAGAAGAGAACAUCAGGAAAUCAAACCAUGCGUGUUUGUCUCAAAGAUACAUACUGUCAAGAGACGGGAAUAUUUUGCACUAAAUCAAGAUGGACAUCUCUUUCGUGAUUUUACUACGCUGUCAUGGUGAGAGGGGAUGACGAGAAAGCCUCAAGUGGUGGGACUCCAGGGCUGGUUCUACCAUUAGGUGGCAUGAGGAAGCCCGUAUGGGCAAUUGCACAAGAUGUCCUCCAUGGGAAGACUUACAAACCACAGGGAGAUUUUGAGGGGUCAGAAAACCUAGGUUUCCUUUUGCAAGCUAACCUGCUUUCCUCAUAUAUGUUUCUCGUGGGCCGUUCAACAAGUCCUAAUAGAAGCGUCCUCAAGUCAAGUUCAAUGCCUGGUGAACAUAUGGAUGCUUUCCUAGGAGUCUUCUUGGCAAUCCUAUAGAAGCGACUUAGCCUGGCCUUCUUCAGGAAAGUUUUGAAAAGGGUUUCUAGUCUUUGGUCCUCUUUGUUUUGGAAGGUUUUCCUCUACGUCCUAACCAGAUCUGAACUUGCUUAGCUUUUUAAGAAUCCAUCUCAGUUCCAUCUUCAAGUACUUGGAGCUUCUGGAGAUACGCCCACAGAUUGCAGCCCUGGGAUUGGGGGGUGGGUGGGAAAAUUCUGCCUUGAGAACCAUCAUAUUAUCUGCUGAUGAUGGCCCUCACCCAUCUCGUCGUCCUUCCUCAAAGACGGAUGUUCUGAUUUUAAAAACAGCAGAUGGCCAAAUGAAAUGAACUCAGCUGAUUUUCCUCCAACUAUUUGGAGCAAUUGUCUUUCUUUAAUCAAUAAACGAGAAUAUUUGUAUCUCAGGGUUGAAAUGAGGGGUCCUUGGUGCUCUGUAAGCUUAGUGAUUUCCUUGCAGACGUUUCAUGACCCAAAGUAGGUGACAUGACUAGCACUGAUGA